AUGGAUAAAGUAUUACGUCCUGAACGCUUAGAAACAGAUCCUAACAGUAGCACGGCGGCAACCGAAUGGCAGCAUUGGAAACGAACAUUUGAAAAUUUCCUAUCGGUGUUGCCAAGGGAAAGAUUGGAUAAAUUCGGUGUGUUAACGAACUUUGUAUCACCUACAGUCUUUCAGUACAUCGAGGAUAGUGAAGAUUACACUGCAGCUAUCGCAAUUUUGGAAGCCUUGUUUGUCAAACCAACUAAUGAAAUUUACGCUCGACAUUUACUUGCCACAAGUGCUAAAAGAAGGGACAUUUCGCGAAAGUCUGUCGGGGAAAAGCAGCUGUCAAGCCC